AUGCGGGUGGGAAUUGUGGGUGCUGGCAUUGGAGGCCUUAUGGCAGCAAUUACCUUGCUAGAAGGAGGACAUCAAGUUGAGAUUUUCGAGAAGUCUCAAUUCAGCAAAGAAGUCGGAGCAGCUAUCUCAGCACCACCCAAUUCCUCAAGAAUCCUUGAUUACUUCGGUUUCGAUUUCAGUCGCGCCAAGGCCACGCCGGCAGAAAGUCUGAUCUACAACAACGACGCCGAAGAUUUGGGGGACAAGACAGUACUUCCUCUCUCAGAUUAUAAGUCCAAGUACGGAUCUGCUUGGCACUUCUUCCAUCGCGUCGAUCUCCAUGAUGAGCUUAGGAAGCUUGCAACUGAACCAACUCCUUCACGGAAGGGGUUUGCUCGCCUUCAUCUCGCCACACCCGUUUCAAGUGUCGAUCUGGAUGGAACUGUUCAUUUCCCAGAUGGAACGACAGUGAAGAAGGAUCUUGUCGUCGCAGCCGAUGGCGUCCGUUCCUCCUUCAUAUCCACGGUGUUGGGUGAAGAGAUACCGUCUCAGCACUUCAUGACAAUGACUCGGUUGCUGCUGCCUACGGAGCAUAUGACUCAUGAUGCCGAUACUAACGCUUUUUUCAAGGGCGGAUACAACUCUAUUAGAGUCCUCAGAGUUGACGACGGCAGUCUUGUGACGUAUGGCUGCAGAAAUGGCGCGCUGCAGAACAUUGCAUUCAUGUAUCCAGCAGAGCAUCUUAAGGACGCCACCACAGUCAAUAACGGGUCAAAGACUGAUGCUCAUCCUGGAGGCUUCCUGAAAAAAUAUCCUGCUUUCAUCCAGUCUCUCGCAUCGAAGGCCAGUGGCAUAGGAGAAUGGAAGCUCCUAACGAGAAAGCCUCUUGACAGAUUUGCCCGAGGUCGGCUGGCGAUCAUUGGUGAUGCGGCUCAUCCAAUGCCUCCCUUACGUGCGCAAGGGGCGUCCAUGGCGAUUGAGGACGCCGCCGCUCUCGGUGUGCUUAUGUCAAGGUUGACAACCUUAGAGGAUAUCCCGACGCGAUUGGAAAUGUUCAAUGACCUGCGAGUCAAGCGAGCCGCUACUGUGCAGCUCAUGUCGUCUCAACACAAAUGGGACCCUAAGAAGGUCCCGGAAGAAUACGUCCACUACUUUGGCGAAGACAUUCCACAAAACGAUGUGGACUUGGAGAGGUGCAGUUGCGACCACAACGUCAUGAAAGAGGCGUUCAAGAUGUUGCAGAAGGAAGAUUAG